AUGUCACGACCAACUGAAGAAAGAAAUCAAGAUGCGACCGUUUACAUUGGUAACCUGGAUGAACGUUGUACUGAAGCCCUGAUUUGGGAGUUGAUGCUCCAAGCAGGACCUGUAGUUAACGUUCACUUACCGAAAGAUCGCGUUACCCAAACGCAUCAAGGUUACGGGUUUUGUGAGUACAUGAGCGAAGAUGAUGCUGAUUAUGCGAUUAAAAUAAUGAACCAGAUAAAACUUUAUGGAAAACCAAUACGAGUUAACAAGGCAACUUCGGAUAAGAAAAAUCUGGACGUUGGGGCGUCAUUGUUUAUCGGAAAUUUGGAUCCCGAUGUAGACGAAAAAAUGUUAUACGAUACAUUUAGCGCAUUUGGAGUGAUUGUACAGACACCAAAGAUUGCGAGAGAUCCCGAUACAGGCAAUAGCAAAGGAUAUGGGUUUAUCUCAUAUGACAAUUUUGACUCUUCUGACGCAGCAAUUGACGCAAUGAAUGGUCAAUAUUUAAUGAAUAAACCAAUUACUGUGUCGUAUGCAUUCAAAAAGGAUGGUAAAGGCGAGAGACACGGCAGUGCUGCAGAACGACUACUGGCGGCUCAGGCAAAGAAGAACCAAAGCUUGCCAAAUCGCCUCUUUGCAGAUAUCCGGCCGAUUGGCAUGCCUCAACCAAUCAUGGCAAUUAGGGCACCAAUAGUUGCGGGUUCACCUCAACAAAUUGCGAGUGCGAUUCCAAGACAAAGCAGCGGUUUGCCAACACAAAUGGUACCUCCUUCAGGUGUGUAUGGGGGCUAUACAUCUGGGACAAGUAGCCAGACUCCAUCACAACCUUCCAGACCUCAAAUAAUAAAUGGAUCUGGGUCAACGCAACAGGCAUACCAACAGAGGCCUACUGUUUCUUCUGGAAAUUUGUUAGGGUAA